AUGAUGAUGAGGAUGCUCUUCUUCUCCCUCUGCCUCCUGCUGGGCCUUACGACCAAGCCCGCGCUCACCAUGACUCUGCAGACCAGCAGAUGCAGCAUUAACGUCUACAUGCCGGAACUACGUGGCUAUUAUUCGGAAAUAAGACUAAAAGCGAUCAUGGAGGACACAGAGACCGGGGUGACGAUUGUGAGCAGAACAACAAUGGCAGAAGUUCCGGAGGAGCAGAUGUGUUGUUUUAUCCGCCUUAUCCUUCACUUCUACGUGGAGAGAGUUUUCCGCAACUAUGCUUCCGAUCAGCCGGCGGAGCAACGGAGCAUCAGCGCCCUGGCCAACGCUUUUGUCACCAUGACACGAAAUAUUAACAAAUGCCACUGUCUCUGCAAUGAGGAUACACAAAAAGCCAUCGACUCUGUAAGGACCGAGUUCGACAAGCUGUCCACCAUCAAGGCGGCGACCAAAGCCGUAGCGGAGCUGGAUACGCUUUUGGACUGGCUGGACAAAGUGGACCAGGCAACAGCUAAUGCCUGA